CUUAAAUUUGCAUAUUUUAAAGUUACUUUCAAAUUUUUAGCCUUUAAAUUCGUAAAAAUUCAGUUUUCGGACGCGAAAAAAACAAAUAUGGCUACUUGUCCGAAAAUUAGUAUAUAUGUAACAUAGCACUGUUUAUUUUCCGGACAACCUCUUUUUACUAUGCUAAAGAAACCUAUCUACAUUAAAUUUUUUCGCCGUCUUACCAAUUCGUUUUCAACUUCUUCAGCAAAAUGAACGGGGACAAAAUUAAUCAAAAUUCAACAAAUAGUCAAUCGAAUUGUGCGAAAGAUACCGGAAAUAAAACAGGAGCUGCAUUAGAAGAUAUCCGAAAUAAUAAAAUAAGUAUUAGAGCCGCAGCAGAAAAAUAUGGGAUACCCCGCUCAACACUGCAUGACAAAUUGAAGGGCAAAACCCCAGAAGGUCCCACAACUAGAGGUCCAGAUCCUGUUCUCACUAAAGACGAAGAAUUACAAAUAGCUGAAUGGUGUGGAAAACUAAGCAAAUGUGGAUUCCCACUUAAAGUUGAUGAUUUGCUUAAUACAGUGGAACAAAUUUUGAAGCACAUUGGACGAGCAAAUCCAUUCAAAAAUGGACGUCCUGGUAGAACAUGGCUUCGUGGUUUUUUCAGACGAAAUCCAGGGUUAUCGUUGAAGGAAGCAGAAAAUAUCACCAAGGGUCGUGCUGUUGUUACAGAGGAGUAUAUCAAAAAAUGGUUUCAAGAUCUUUCAAUUUUUCUUGAGAGUAUAAGUCAAACUACUUUACUAAAUGACCCUAGGUGGAUCAUAAAUGGUGAUGAAACGAGCUUCAGUUUGUGCCCAAAAACAGGCAAAGUCAUUGCUCCCAAAUCAUAUAUAAAUGUAUACCAAAUACAAAUGGGGAACGAAAAGGAAACUUUGACAGUGCUUUUCGUUUGCACAGCUCAAAGAAUAAACUCGAGUUAA